UAGACGUACAGCAGAAGCAAAGCUAUCUAGUGCAGGCACAAAGAAAUCAUUUAGAACACCGAACCCAGAAUGCAGACGCCCAAGCUAGCCAUCUUGCUCGCCCUAGCCAUGGCAGCCGCCAUGGUUAAUCCUUCCGAGGCGCAGAAUACGCCGCAGGACUACGUUUCACCGCACAACGCAGCCCGCGCCACCGUCGGCGUGGGCGCGGUGAGCUGGAGCACGAAGCUGCAGGGGUUCGCCCAGAGCUACGCCAACCAGAGGAUCAACGACUGCAAGCUCCAGCACUCGGGCGGGCCGUACGGGGAGAACAUCUUCUGGGGGUCGGCCGGCGCGGACUGGAAGGCGGCGGACGCGGUGAACGCGUGGGUGGGCGAGAAGCAGGACUACGACUAUGGCUCCAACACCUGCGCGGCGGGGAAGGUGUGCGGGCACUACACGCAGGUGGUAUGGCGCGCGUCCACCAGCAUCGGCUGCGCUCGCGUCGUCUGCAACAACAACCUCGGCGUCUUCAUCACCUGCAACUACGAGCCCCGCGGGAAUAUCAUUGGACAGAAACCAUACUAGUAGCUGUGAUGCAUGUCUUCGCAGUACAUACAUGCAUACAUAUAGUCUCUCGUCCCUUACAAACAUGCAUUCGUAUACACACAUGCAACGGUUCAUGCACCUUCCUAUUCCUAACUAGCUAGAGGGACAGGGCGAGUAAAUAUAAGGAAUGCCGUAGUGAGCCAUGUAAUUCCGUCCUGGACUGUAAUAAAUAAUGAGCUUCUCUAUGGCAGUCUUAAAUAAAUGUGAACCUUUCAUGAUUA